UGGUCUCGGGCGGGUGUCCCAGGGCCGACUGGCUUCUCCUCGGGAAAGAAAGCGACAGUCCUCGAGCUUGUUAAUAUCGACAUGCCGAGCAUGGGCAUCGUUUCCCCCUGUUAGAUCUGCAUCAUGGAAAAGCAAGUACUUGAAUCCGCAGAGGAGAGGACGUUUCAGUACCAAGAUUCUCUGCCAUCCCUGCCAGUACCUCCUCUUGAUGAAUCUUUAAGUAAAUACCUCGAUGCAGUGAAGCCAUUUCUAAAUCAAGAAGAAUAUCAAAGAACUGAGGAUAUAGUUAAAAAAUUUGAAAAUGGCAUUGGGAAAGAGUUGCAUCAGAAGUUACUGGAAAGAGCUAAAAUGAGAAGGAAUUGGCUGGAGGACUGGUGGCUGAAUGUGGCUUACCUUGAUCUUCGCAUCUCAACACAAAUACACUGUAAUAUGGGAGGCCCUGGUCCCUAUAUUGAACACUACUGGCCACCAAAAGAGGGCACUCAGAUAGAAAGAGCAUGUGUAAAUAUAUGGCACACCCUGAAAUACUGGGAUCUAUUACGAGCAGAGAAGGUGACCAUAGAGAGAUCUGGGAACACUGUUCUGGACAUGAACCAAUUUCGAAUGCUCUUUUGCACUUGCAAAAUUCCUGGAGUUACCAGAGAUUCGCUCGGCACUUACUUUAAAACUGAGGCUGAAGGUGAAUGCCCAUCUCACUUAAUAGUCCUGUGUCGAGGUCGAGUGUUUGCAUUUGAUGCUAUGCAUGAAGGCAGUAUGGUGACUCCUCCAGAGAUAUUCAGGCAACUUACAUAUAUUCAGAAAAGAUGCCAUAGUGAGCCAGAUGGACCAGGACUGGCAGCCCUAACAUGCAACGAAAGGACAAAAUGGGCAGAGUUACGGGAAUAUUUGAUUGGUCUUGAUCCAAAGAACUUAACUCUUCUGGAAAAAAUUCAGAGAAGUUUGUUUGUGGUCUGCCUUGAUGAUUCUAGUCCCCAUGCAACUCCUGAGGACUAUACUGAGCUCACAAGGCUGGGAUUAACAGGUGAUCCGACUGUACGCUGGGGAGAUAAAUCCUACAAUAGCAUAUUCUUUUCCAAUGGAACUUGCAGCGCAUUCUGUGAUCAUUCUCCUUUUGAUGCCAUGGCUUUAAUUACCAUGUUAUCUUAUGCCGAAAAGAAGAUUAUUGAGAAUGAGGGAAAAUGGAAGGGAUCAGAUAAUGUGAGGGAUAUUCCAUGGCCAGAGGAACUUGUAUUCACAGUGGAUCCAAAAAUUAUAAAUGAAAUUGAACGUACUAAAGAACUGUAUUACAAGAAGGUGUCUGACUUGCAGCUGGUGUCUUAUGCCUUCACAUCCUUCGGCAAAGCAUUGCUUAGGAAGAAGAAACUUCAUCCUGAUACAUUUGUGCAGCUUGCCCUACAACUUGCUUAUUACAAAUGCCAUGGACGUCCGGGCUGCUGUUACGAAACUGCCAUGACCAGGCGUUUCUAUCAUGGCCGCACAGAGACCAUAAGACCAUGUACUGUGGAAGCAGUGGAAUGGUGCAAGUCCAUGCUGGAUCCUUCUGACAGUACUUAUCAACAACUGCAGCUGAUGCAUAAGGCAUUUGCAAAGCACAAUAAAAUGAGGAAAGAAUGUGAGAAUGGAAAAGGCUUUGAUCGUCAUCUUCUGGGUCUCCUGCUCAUAGCACAGGAGCAAGGACUGCCAGUGCCAGAACUGUAUGGGGAUAAGGCCUUCACAGCUAGUGGAGGAGGUGGGAAUUUUGUCCUUUCAACUAGUCUGACUGGCUACACUAGGUUUAGUGGAUGUGCACUCCCUAUGGUACAACAUGGCUAUGGCUUUUUUUAUGCAAUCAGAGAUGACAGAAACAGCUUCAUUCUCAGCUACCUUGGAGCCAAUUUCUGUGCCCUUUGGAAGAUCUGUUGCAUGUUUAUUGUCCACAGUAGCAAGAACAGAGUUUCCCUUUUUAUUUCCUCCCUCAAAGCCUGAUGCACCUCUACAAGCCAAGGUGUUACACUGUAUCUUGUUACCUCAAAAAAUGUUCUCCUCACUUCAGCCUUUGUCUUCCCUGCCUUUCUGGGCUACUUGUAUGUUCUCUCUCAAUUAAAUCUGACAACCAUUCAUUGUUUAAUGUUUUAUUUGAGAUCUUCCAAAACUCAUACAGAAGAGGAAUCCAUUUCUGUUCACUGCUCGUGAUAACCCAUCCUCUUUCUCGGACAUAAAUGACUUUCUGAAAUCUCUCAGUUAAUGAAGCCUGUGUCUUUAUGAUGCUGUGAUUUCUGUGUGAUAGAUUAGGAUUUUGGAUCAAGCUAGGCCUGGUGAUUUUUAUUCUUUAUUUUAUUAAAGUUCUGUCUGACAGAUACAACCUUUUACCCCUCGGCUGGGUUAGUAAACCUGGUUGCGACUGCGAUAAGGACAGUUUGCUUUGAACAGUCAUUUGAAACAGCAUGAAAUUUGAUGAAGGGUGUAAUUUUGCAUUUAUUUUCCAUACACUUGCUCCUGGGGGAGCAUUUCUGGGGGUUUCUGGGAACACAAAAAUCCUGACAGAAGUACAGAAAAAGGAAAACUCUUUCAGAAAGUGUGUAUCAUUGAGAAAAUGGCAUUCAAUCACCAGCAUAAGCAGAAUUUCCUGUUCAGUUGAGACAGUCUGAGCCUUGCCUAGAGAAACUGGAGACAGAAGUGUAUCCAGAGAGAGAAAAAACUUAAAUUCUGUGAGUUGUUAGAGCUACUUGUUACGUGCUGUGGAUACGUGAAUUCCUGACUGUGAUAUUAAUUUCCUUGUUGAGUAAAGCAUUUUAUCUCCAGUGCCUCUGCCCUGAAAGCCUCUCCCGGUUUUUGUGCCCUUCUCUGUGAGCACCCAUGCUAUGUGCUGCAGAGCUGGUCUCAGUGCCUGGAACCCUCCACCCAGCACCCUUUGCUUUUCAGGUUGGUGAGUCAGUGGGGCUUUUUCGUGACUGCUGUGUAAUCUUAAUAUGAGCAACUAUGAAUUUCUGUGCUGGUAAAACAAGAGGGUUGGGUUCUUAAAGCAAGUGUACCUUGGUUAUCUAUUAGAUAUGGCUUUUAAGGAAACUAUUUAUAGAAUUGUACAAAAACUAUAUGUAGUGAAACAUCCUUAAGAGUCUCAUACAAAAGACUGAGCCCAAGUGCACUUGAGCAGCAGGUACUGCCCCCUCCCAUGCAUUUCUCAUUAAAUAAUUACAGCUUAAUCCUCCGAAGGGUUCCAUUAUAAGAUCAUGUUAUAAUCAAAUAGCAUGCUGGAUAAUUUUGUAUUCUAGUUUCUAAGCACUAAGUAUGUUGUGUUUAGUAUACACACUUUAAAACAACAUCCCCACAGUACAUCAGCCUUCUCCAUAUCUCAGGUAACCAAUUAUUCUAUUUCCUUCCAGAGAGAGUCCACGUUUUCCUUCAUCUUCCUUUGAUCACUGAUGGACCUACAGACGCUUUUCUUGUUGUCCUUGAUGUCCCUGGCCAUCUAUCAGGGCUUUUGCUUUCCUAAUCUGAUCCCUGGCUGCUCAGACAAUUUGUCUACUGUUCCCAGGCUACCUGUUCUUGCUUCCAUCCCCUGUAGGCUCCCUUUUUGUGUUUGGCUUUGUCCAGGAGCAUCUCGUUCAUCCAUAAAGACCUCUUGACAUUUUUGUCUGACUUCCUUUUUGUUGGAAUGCACUGCUCCUGAGCCUGGAGGAGAUCCCUGAGCAUUAACCAUCUUUCUUGGGCCCCUCUUCCCUUCAGGGCUUUACUCCAUGGUACUCCACCAAGCAGAUCCCUGAAGAGGCUGAAGACUGCUCUAUUGAACUCUUGGACUGGGAGCUUGCUGUGCACCCUUCUCGCUGCCCUGAGGAUCUUGAACUCCACCGUUUCAUGGUCACUGCAGCCAAGGCUACUCUUGAGUUUCCAAGUCUCCACCAGCCCCUCCUGUUGGAGAGAGCAAGGCCCAGCAUAGCACCUCUCCUUGUUGAUUCCUCUGUCACUUGGAGAAGAAUGGUUUCGUCAACACAUUCCAGGAACCUCCUGUGUGCCUUCUUUACAGAAUUUCUGUAACAGAAAAAACAUAUCUUCAUAUUGUACAUUCACUUGUAGUAAUCAAGAAUGUGAGGAUUAUCCUAUAAUUUCAGGGAUUCCACAAUUCCUUAGUCUUUGAAAGUAAAAUAUUCUCCAGCUCUCUCUUAAGAUCCUAACCUAAGACAUCAUUGUUCCUGUAUGCUUGGGUGCCCUCUCUGCCUGCAAGAACCAAUGAGAUUAUUGGGAACAGAAGUUGCUCUAACUUUAAAUAUUUAUGGCAUGUACAAUUUGUAUUGACUUCACCUCAUACACUCAUUAAAAUUAUUUUCAAAAUUAGAAUACAGUUGCAAUUCAAAUUUUCACCUACCUAACACAUGAGGAAAAUCUUCAAGAACUUUUGAAUUUCUACAAAUCAGAAAUUAUUUCUACGGAACAAAUCUUAAUGCUUUAUCUAUAUUGAACCAAAUCGAAAGACAAUUCAUGAGGUUUCAUGUGAUCUGCAAUGGUACUUGAUAAAAUAGCAGAGUGAACAAAUACCUAAGCUGCUCUGCAGGUCCACACUUCUGGAUCUUACCUCAGGAAAGUCCCACUGAUUUUUGUAGGGAUGUUACCUAAACAUACAGGUAAAAAACUGCCUUUGGUUUGUAAAAUAAUGGAUUCCUUCAGAAGAAAAGGCUGUGAUUAUAAUGAUUAUAAGAAUUAUUAAAACCUCCAUUUCAAGAAUUACAGCAGCCAAUUGCAACAUCAUGGAGACUUUUGGGGGAAAAAAAGUAAUUGAGAACAUUACCUUUAGAACAUUAUUUAAAAUAUCAAGAACUUUAGCUUGAAGGGAAAGAUAAUCUAUAUUUUUGGUGUCAAAGCUGAGUUUAGAAUGAAAGAUUUUACUGUGCUCUGACAGAUAAAUUGUCACUCAGUUUAUUGAUGUUUAUGUUAAUUUUUUAA